AUGCUGCUCUGGGUGUUCUUCCUCGUGACCCUCACCCUCAGCAGCGGCUCCCACGGCUCCCCACCCUCCCAGCCCCUCAGGAUGCCGAGGUACGCAGACGCCAUCUUCACCAACAGCUACCGGAAGGUGCUGGGCCAGCUGUCUGCCCGCAAGCUUCUCCAGGACAUCAUGAGCAGGCAGCAGGGAGAAAGAAACCAGGAGCAAGGAGCAAAGGUACGGCUUGGCCGUCAGGUGGACAGCAUGUGGACAGACCAAAAGCAGGUGGCAUUGGAGAACAUCCUGGUGACCCUGCUGCAGGAGCACAGGUUAAAAGCCAGAGGCUUCACAGAGCUCGAAGUCAUAGAGCAGCAGGAAGGGGCCUGGAGGCUGCGCCAGCCAUUGUUCCCCCUCCAGCUCAACUGCUGCACAUAUCAGGACAUCACGAGUCCCAUUCAGAACUAG